UUUUCAGGUAGUUUAUUGCAACUGCAAAAGACCCACUUACAGCUGUACAGCAUGUGGCUGAAGCUAUUGCUAUUACUGGCAUAUGUGAUCCUUCUACUGGUAUUCUCAAGAAUCCUUGAAGUUGCUGAGUGGUAUACAUAUGGGAGAAUCACAUAUUCUUCUACCAUUCUCAAUCCUGUGACUUUGAGUGUUCGUGAAUUAAAGAGCUUGAUUGAAGGUCGGGGUUUAGAUUCCACCAUUGUGAUUGAGAAGCAAGACUUGGUGCAGCUAUUAGUGAGCACAGGAAAGGUGACCAGAGGUGAACUCCAAGAAACUUCUCAGAACAACUGCACAAAGCAUGAGCCAGUUUCCUCAUUCUCCUCUGGAAGUCAUUUCUACGAGGAUGUUGAGGAUACAAAGGAUAGUGUCUGGUUGGUGCAAGUGGUACCAACACAGAGGAAUGAAUUCCCCCUGCUAGACGAUUAUUCAUGGCGACAGGUUAUCAACAAAGUAUCUCCAUUUGGCGUUCGAGUUGGGGUCCUAGAUUGCAGUCUUGAUACAAUGCUAUGCAAGAGGAGGAACUGGGACAAGCCCCUCAUACUCCUUGCAUUACCUAAAGGUGUGAAGGCGAAAGAUCAAGUUGUUCUGAAUACUUUCAGCAAUCCAAGAGUACCGGCUGUUUUCAAGUGGGUCCAAGAGACAAUGAAGAAUCAUGUGCAUGAUAUCAAGUCACUGGAGGAGCUUGAAUCACAGUGGUUAGAUUCCUCAAAGCAAGUAGAUGGUGGUCCUCUGCGUGUUGUAUUCUUCACAGAUAGCAUGGUGGUUCCUCUGUUCUUGGCAGCUUUGAGCGUCAAAUUCACAGGGAGAAUUCAGUUUGGGAUCUUCUCAUCUUCCAAAGAGACUGACAAGGAAGAGGUGCCUCGCAAAUUUCCAGAUUUCUUUGCCAAAGAGGUCCGAUACCUGGCAAUGACUUGGGUUGGAAGUGUGUUUCGUGAUGACAUAUUCUCCUGGAUGCAGUACCGGCAAGAAUACAUGAUAUUCUUUUCAGUAGUUUACUGUCUUGCAAUCUUGACAGUUUCUUGGUUCUUCAAAGUUCCUGAUUCAUCUUCUCAUGAUUCCCACCUUCCAGGAUCAGAUUUCUUGCCCUUAAGCUACCUCUUCCAUGCUUCACUCAGGCAGACACACAUUGCAAGUGAUGCUGACCUUGAAGAAGGACUUGAAUUGCUCAUUGAACGCUUGGCAGUGCCAAACUUGUGGCUACAUACAACCAAUUUUGAUUACAUUCAAGACCUCCCAGUGUGGAGGCACAGGGGCAAUUCUGAAGACUCUGGUGGGAGUGAAGGAGACAUGGACUAUUUCAGUGAUCAGGAGAAUUCUCAUCAUGGAUUAACCUCAAAAUUUGUUGCUCACCAUGCCACUACAUGUUCACCCUGCACUGAUAAGUCAGUCACUGAUCUGCCAUCACUCCACCCUGAAACUUGUGCUCAAACUUCAAGGACUUGGAAGCAUCUUCUCUCUCGUUUUGUCAAACAAAUUUGGUCUCCUUUCAUUGGUGUCAAAGUGGACUUACUGGGUGUAAUAACAAGUAUAAGGAGAUCUAGUGAUUCCAGGAUGAAGAGGAGGAAUUCCAAGUUGGAGGAUGAACAGGCAUGGCAUCCUCCAGCUGGCAUGAUGGAAGGGAGUGAAUGUGCCAUAUGUUUGGAAAGUUACUCUAGUGGAGAUCUCCUGUGUGGGCUUCCUUGCUCUCACAGUUACCAUCAGGAAUGCAUUCUCAUUUGGCUUCAUAGGAAUAAUCCUAAUUGUCCCACUUGUCGAUGGCCUGCUUAUAAGCCCAAACUCAGGCAUCAGCAUGUUGAAUGA